AUGAACAAUAGUCAAAGAGGUGUAGAAAAUAGACCAAAUUCAUAACAAAAUUCCUAAGAUAUUUCUUAGUAGGAAAUUCAAAUCAAUCAGAACCCACAAAAUAAUAAUAAUACUUUGAACCAACUUAUUUAAGUUCUUAAUAACUAAACAAACCUUCCAAUUGAUUAAUUCAAAAUAAUGGUUGAUUCUAUUGUAAUUGAUAAGCAAUUUUUGUUGUUAACAUUAAACCCAAAAGGGAAGUACUUUUAAACUUUGAGAAAGCUCAUAUUAUUAAUAGUUGGAUUCUUAACUCUUCAGUUUUAUUAACUUCUAUAUUUAUUCACUUAAGAUUAAAUUACUUAAGGACAUGAUGAUAAUCAUUCAAAAUUAAUCUUACGACCCCAAGAGCAUAUAAAGAAUAAGAACUCCUCCAGAAGUCAUUUAUAUUUGGAAGAAUAAAUAAACCAACUCAUACUUGUUAUUGCAAUUAGGAUUGCUUACAUAGUGAUAUCCUACGUAAUUGUAUAUAGUAUCAGACCUCUAUGUUUACAUUAUUCAAAUAAAAAUUUAUUACUAUUCUCUCUUUUGCUUAUGUCUGGCACUUACUUUAUUCAAGGAACUCAAUGUAAUCUCUAUCCAAAUUAUGGAUCUUUACAUUUUGAAGAUAUCGGAAAAAUUAAUAAAACAAAAAUCUAUUUGGAUAAUUUGAUAUUCUUUGGCUGCUUUUUUGUACAGGGGAUGUCAUCUGCAAGCAUUUUUUAUUUAUUAAUCGAAUAGAUUUAGUUUAUUUUGAAGAAAAAUUAAAGAUUAAUCUUUUACAAUGAUUUUCUAUUAGUAAUUGUGGAAUUUAUUGUUGUCUCUUCAGUCUUACAUAUGAUUUUUAAAGAACAAUAUAUUUUUAAUCUUAUCAUAAUGUGGAUUCCAUUUUCCUUGAUUACCCUAUUUGCUUAUUUCACUUUGCAAGAUUCGCCUCUAUGUAUUUUAACUCGCCUUUCUUAUUAUGAAGAAAUAUCUAGAUAAAAUUAAUAAAUUCUAAAGAAAUAAUAAGUUGCCUUAAAUAAGAUUGAAACCUUAUUAACAGAAUUUCACUAAAAUAUGAACUCUAUCUAUUCAGUAAAUUUUCCAAAUAAGGUAUAUUUUUCUGAAGAGUAAGUUUCAUUACUACUUAGUAAAUUCUAAAUCAAACCAAGUAAUAAAUAAGAACCACGACUUAUUGUUAAUUUCAUAAUGUUUGCAUUAAGUUUUUUAUAUUUUGGACAUUUAUUUAAACUAAAUGCAUUUGUUAAUCAAUUCCAAUGGACAAUUGAAACCCUAGCCUUAAUAUUGUCCAUAUUUGAAUUAUUAGGAUAUUUCAUUGGAAAUUAUUGUAUAAGUGAAUUGUACAACGAAUAAUUGUUAAGGAAAUUAUUGAUGACAUUUGGACUAAUCAAUUUUUUAAGUUCUUUGCCUAGUUUUUAAUCAAUACAUAGCUAGUUUUAAAGUUAAGUAGAGUUCUUUUCCAUUUUAAUUGUUCGACUAUUGUUUUCUUUAGCGAUAAAAGCAUUUCUGAUAUAAUUCUCAAAUUAUAAACUCAACUUUGGGUUUUUGGUAUUAGGACUAUUAUUUGCGAAUAUCAAUUUAUUAUAGAUUCAACUAUUCUAGGUUGUAGUUGCAACUAUUCUUUUAUUCGCUUACCAUUUAUCUAAACAAUUUUGA